AUGGGUUGUGGCGCAUCGGCGGAGACCAGGGCCCAAGCAUCGGCCGCUGAAGCAGAGGCGACACCGGCAGCUUGCGAUGGCGCGGAAGGCGCCGGGCGGGGGAGUCCCAAAGCUUCUGAAGCUUCCGCGUCGGCCAGCGAGGAGGCCCGCCGAAGGGUCCUGGAGGAGAUCCGGGGAGGCGACGCCCUCCUCGCCCUACUCAACGCCCCGGCGAACCUGCGAAAUGACCGGGAGGUGGUCCUGGCGGCGGUGAAGAAAAAGAGCAACGCCCUCCAGUUCGCCCCCGAGGUGCUGAGAGGGGACAGGGAGGUGGUGCUGGCGGCGGUGGAGAGAAGCGGCGGGGCCCUCCAGUACGCGUCCGAGGCGCUGAAGGGGGACAGGGAGGUGGUGCUGGCGGCGGUGAAGGAGGACGGCUUCGCCCUCAACCUCGCGUCCGAAGAGUUGUGGGCCGAUCGGAGCUUCCUGCUGGAAGCGGUGGAGGCCACAAGGGCCUGGUGGCUGGUGAAGAUCGCGGCCGAGGCGCUCCGAGCGGACGAGAGCUUCGUGGAGCAAUGCAAAGCCGCCGCCGGCACGGGGUUGGUGUUCACCUUCUACGACAGCUACAACUGCUGCGAGUGCAUGCGGAUGCUCUUCCCGACGACCGGCGCCUCCGUCCCGGGAGGCGCGGCCUACGACCACGUCAUGGAGAAGCUGAAUUCACUGAAGCGUGCUGAAUACGGCAGCACGGCGACGGUGUGGUUCGACGAGGACCCCGUGUUUGGACACAGCGCCGACGAUGGCAGGUGGAGCCACCCCAGCAGCGACUGCGGCCGGGACAUGGUGCCCGUGCCGCCAAUGGAGGGCCGUGACGCCAAGUGGCGGUCGACGGUGGAUUCCAGGAGCGCCUCCCUCGAGCCAGAAGAGGGCAAACCGUACCCAUGCUGGUGUUGCCACUGGCUGAGGGAGGUGCGCAAGCACCACCAAGCAGGUGAGGUCAUCUGCUGUGCUGUGUCCAACAUUUACAUUCCAGAUUGGGUGGACAAGUACGGCGCGGGCUCCUCCGAGCUGGCGGACGCGGAUGCAGAAGAACAGGGCCUUCCCAAGGAGGUCUUCAAGCACGGGAAGCCGGCCAGCUGGGGUGAAGGCACGAUCUGCAUUGCCGGCGAAACCUACCAGCGCCGUGCGCCCGUGCACCCCCGGACGGGCAAGCCCCUGGGGGUGGGCUGCCGCUGGGAGCGGCAGGCCCUGGAUGGCAUGGACUUCCCCGUCUACGCCUUCUUCAUGCCCUGA